GCUACUUCCUUUUUACGGAACUUGUUUAGAGCUUAUUUGAAGAAGGUCGUUCUCAGGACGUGCGAGCUUUCUGUUUGAGCCUACUUCAGCGGGUGUGUUUCGGAAGGCAAGGACACACAUUGGACCAGGAAAGUGCUCAAGACCGAGGGUCAAGAGCACUGUGCGAUCGCAUCACCUGCAGAUGGCAAUUGACAAGAGCAAUGCGUUCGAAUCGCUUUAGGACUUAACAUUGGACUCCAAUUCACAGUCAACGAUAUUGAUAUGUAUUAUUUAGAAAUUAGAUCAGCAAAUAAGAAUGUUUUGCAUGCAUGUUAAAUCCAUAGCGUAUGUUUAAUUUUAGUUAAGUAUAUCUUGUAUUUACUUUGAGUUGGUAGACGUUUUUUUUUUAAGGAACAAUAUAAUGAAGUUCAACGGGUAUUUAAAAUUUAGAAUUGGUGAGGCGAUGGACCUCAAACCAACAACUGUUUCCCUUCGCCACUCUACAAUGUUCAACAAAACAGCUCCCACUUUGGACCCUUACAUUGUGCUAAAGGUGGACGAGUACAAAAUUGGACAGACGCAUACAAAGCAGAAAACCAACAUGCCAACUUACAACGAAGAGUUCUGCCUCAAUGUCAACGACGGCAAGCAUAUAGAGUUGGCUGUAUUUCAUGAUGCACCCAUAGGGUAUGACGACUUUGUUGCCAACUGGACAGUUCAAUUUGAGGACCUGAUAAAAACCUUGAACACAGAAGAGACUUUUGAAGGAUGGGUGAGUAGCUUUAAGCCCUGGGCAGUUGGCAUUGUGGGGAUGGAUAGGGAUGUGGUUGUCAUGAGGAAAGGUUGACAUGCUUGCCUGAUACACUUUUAUUCUCUUAGCAAUUCAGGAUAAAAGCAGAAUUAAUAUAGUCAGACUGUAAGACACAUGCAGUCAUUAAAGGGAGUCAAGGUACACUGAUAAUGCUUUUUUUUUACUCUAAGUAGUUCCCUUGGGGAACUUUUGGGGAUUUUGCAUAUUCAGGUAAUCUAUAAAUAUUUGGGCCAAUGUGUGACAUUGGGAUCAACAUUUCUAAACGGUUUGAAACAUAAAUAAAAAUUAUUUUCGUGCAGUUCCACAUGUGUACUUAGAGGAAUAAAAGUGAAUAUAUGCUUAGAUCAGGCUGCUUGUAGCUGGUUUGAGAAUUAUUUAAAAGACAGAACAGUGUGAACUUACUGAUGGCGUUAAAUCAGGAUUUUUAGACAUAUCAAAAGGUGUCCCAUAGAGUUCGAUUCUUGGUCCAGUUCUUUUCACGAUUUAUAUUAACGUCAUUGGUCUAUCUGUACAAAACUGUAACUUUCAUCUGUACGCAGAUGACACUGUUGUAUACGCUACUGCCCCUAUGGCAGCUCAGGCUCUGUUGAAUCUUCAAUCUGCUUUUACUACCUUGCAAAAGCCUAGGUUGAAGAAGUUGGUACUAAAUGCUGGUAAAACCAAGUACAUGUUAUUGUCCAAAUCAUGUAAUAAUGUAACUGAUGAUUUGUGCAUAAGUAUGUUAGAUGGUGCCCCCAUUGAUCGUGUCCCCGCCUAUAAAUAUAUGGGCAUCUGGAUUGACGAAAAGCUAUCUUUUAAAAAGCAUGUUGACGAGUUAGUCAAGAAAUUAAGAAUUUAGUUGGGCUUCUUCUAUAGGAAUGGGGCUUGCCUUUCAUUAACUAGUAGAAAACAGAUAAUUCAGUCUACAUUCAUACCUGUUAUAGAUUAUGGCGAUAUUAUAUAUAUGAAUGCAGCUACCAGUGUUUUGAAGCCCUUGGACACAAUAUAUCAUAGCACACUUCGUUUUAUAACAUCUGACAGUUUUGACUGGAAAAUAAGUGUUUGGUCACCUACAAACAAGCAAGAUUUCUGGCUCUCACAGACCUGUAACUUCUUCUUUAAGAGGCUCCUCUGUCCUCCACUCGUCACCUGUAUUAAUGGCACCUGUUUGAACUUGUUAUCAGUAUAAAAGACACCUGUCCACAACCUCAAACAGUCACACUCCAAACUCCACUAUGGCCAAGACCAAAGAGCUGUCAAAGGACACCAGAAACAAAAUUGUAGACCUGCACCAGGCUGGGAAGACUGAAUCUGCAAUAGGUAAGCAGCUUGGUUUGAAGAAAUCAACUGUGGGAGCAAUUAUUAGGAAAUGGAAGACAUACAAGACCACUGAUAAUCUCCCUCGAUCUGGGGCUCCACGCAAGAUCUCACCCCGUGGGGUCAAAAUGAUCACAAGAACGGUGAGCAAAAAUCCCAGAACCACACGGGGGGACCUAGUGAAUGACCUGCAGAGAGCUGGGACCAAAGUAACAAAGCUUACCAUCAGUAACACACUACGCCGCCAGGGACUCAAAUCCUGCAGUGCCAGACGUGUCCCCCUGCUUAAGCCAGUACAUGUCCAGGCCCGUCUGAAGUUUGCUAGAGUGCAUUUGGAUGAUCCAGAAGAGGAUUGGGAGAAUGUCAUAUGGUCAGAUGAAACCAAAAUAGAACUUUUUGGUAAAAACUCAACUCGUCGUGUUUGGAGGACAAAGAAUGCUGAGUUGCAUCCAAAGAACACCAUACCUACUGUGAAGCAUGGGGGUGGAAACAUCAUGCUUUGGGGCUGUUUUUCUGCAAAGGGACCAGGACGACUGAUCCGUGUAAAGGAAAGAAUGAAUGGGGCCAUGUAUCGUGAGAUUUUGAGUGAAAACCUCCUUCCAUCAGCAAGGGCAUUGAAGAUGAAAUGUGGCUGGGUCUUUCAGCAUGACAAUGAUCCCAAACACACCGCCCGGGCAACGAAGGAGUGGCUUCGUAAGAAGCAUUUCAAGGUCCUGGAGUGGCCUAGCCAGUCUCCAGAUCUCAACCCCAUAGAAAACCUUUGGAGGGAGUUGAAAGUCUGUGUUGCCCAGCGACAGCCCCAAAACAUCACUGCUCUAGAGGAGAUCUGCAUGGAGGAAUGGGCCAAAAUACCAGCAACAGUGUGUGAAAACCUUGUGAAGACUUACAGAAAACGUUUGACCUGUGUCAUUUUGUUUUUGACCAAAUACUUAUUUUCCACCAUAAUUUGCAAAUAAAAUCAUAAAAAAUCCUACAAUGUGAUUUUCUGGAAUUUUUUUUCUCAUUUUGUCUGUCAUAGUUGACGUGUACCUAUCAUGAAAAUUACAGGCCUCUCUCAUCUUUUUAAGUGGGAGAACUUGCACAAUUGGUGGCUGACUAAAUACUUUUUUUUAUAAUGAGAAAGUGACCAAAAAACAGGUUCCUUUUUAAUGGAAGUAUUUAUAUGGAAAGCCAAGUUGAAGCCAACAUUAGAUGUUGUCAUAAUAACCCCACAUGGUUUUACCACAACAGAGUAGCACAACACCCUUCAAAUGAAGCGGUGGGAAACAAACGAAAGUAGCCACAUCUCUCACAAAAACGGUUCAAAAAUGAAAUCACGGAUAAAUAUAAGGGACCAGGAGAAUUUAUAAAUUGGCUACAAUAAUUACAAUAACUUUUCAAGCACCAUAUUGAGGACAUUUCUGAUUUUCAAGGUAGGCCUAUUCCAGUAGCCUACUUGAAUUUCUGAGCUCCAAAUUCAAGUUAAAGUACAGUAGCUUAGGCUACUUCAAGCUCCUUGUAUUGUUUAAAAUUGCAGGUGUAACAUGGAAAACAAAAUGUAUUUGUCAUGUUAUUUCAUUACCAGAUCAUAUUGUGAAUAAGCCCAUUAGGCUAUGUAAUUUGUUGUCAUUAUAUCCAGAAUAAUUAAUAGGAAUAGCAUUGGGUGUUGUGCAAUAGUCUAUCCUACACAAUUGCAAGCAGUAGACUUGGUGUCCAAUCCAGGCACAAAAACAUAUGAGGCUGGCUGGAAACCAUGAACUCAUUAGCUUACCUUGAUGCUUUCUCUUUUAAAUCUAACAAGACACUGCUGUAAAUCAAGCAGACAACAACAGAGGAUCAAUAUCAAUUGCUAGGGAUAUUAGAUCCAGUGUGGAUCCAGGCAUAACUGUCUUCACCGGUGUAACGAAUGAGACACCAAAAUAUUCAGGACAUUCCUCGCAAACACCUUUUUUUCCAGUACUUGGGCUGUUGUUGCAUCACAUGCACUAUCACAACAGCUGUUCUUCACUUGAUUGUCAAUCGGAAAAUUCCUUCCUGGAUCAGAUGAUGAUGUGUGAAAAUAUCAUGGCUUAACUAACCAGCUGGACACCAAAUGUGCAUCCAACAAGUAUUAUGCAUAAUUAUUGAAGAAGCAUAUCAAUGACAGUAUCAAUUUAGGUUUUACGUAUUAAGGUAAGGUGACUCUUUCGGUUAGAAGCAUUCGAUUUUGCAAUGCAUAGCCUACAUUAUUUUGGAUUUGUGUGCCCAUGAAAACUGUUUUCACCUAAUAAUAUAAGGAGACACUAAAUGUAACAUAGUUGCACUGCAUUUCUAAGAUCUGUCUGAAAGCUAGACCUAGGAUUCUUAGGGGUUCAAGUUCAAUGUCUAAUUUAACUGAUUAAUGCUUAAUAUAUGAUAUAACAACAAUUUACACUGCCAUAAAUGCAAGGACAGAAAAGUAAUGUUUUAUGUCACACGAUUUUGGACAAGUCCAUCAAGAGACCAACCAUGAUAAAGGGUUAAACAUAGGUUUUAAAUCAACUCGUGAAUUUUAUUGAACAUAGCUAUGAUCCCCCUUUAUAUCUUAAUGUAAUGACAUCUAAGGCAUGCAGAUCCCAUAGUCUCCUUUUCCAAUAUGAAGCUUCAGCAUCUUCAGCAGCUCAUUAUAGGUGGCAUCUUAGUGGAUACCUCUGUGUGUUUAGCUUAAGCCUGUCAGAAAGGCAAAGGUGACAUCAACAAGAGAUAUUUGUAUUUAUUAGGGAUCCCCAUUAGCUGCUGCCAAGGCAGCAGCUACUCUUCCUGGUGUCCAAACACAUUAAGGCACUUACAUUACACAUAAAUGAAAAGAUAAAACAGUACAUCAUAUAACAUUAUUACACCACUACAUCUCUACAAUACAAAAUGUAUAAUAACACCAUACAACAAUAUUACGAUGUACGUGCGUGUUCUAGCGUGUGUAUGUGUAUGUCUGUACCUGUGUAUGUGUGUGUCUCUUCACAGUCACCGCUGUUCCAUAAGAUGUUUUUUUAAUCUGUUUUUUAAAUCUGAUUCUACUGCUUGCAUCUGUUACCUGAUGUGGAAUAGAGUUCCAUGUAGUCAUGGCUCUAUGUAGUACUGUGUGCCUCCCAUAUACUUGGGGACUGUGAAGAGACCUCUGGUGGCAUGUCUUGUGGGGUAUGCAUGGGUGUCCGAGCUGUGUGCUAGUAGUUUAAACAGACAGCUCAAUGCAAUCAGCUUGUCAACACAUCUUAGAAAAACAAGUAGUGAUGAAGUCAAUCUCUCCUCCACUUUGAGCCAUGAGAGAUUGACAUGGAUAUCAUUCAUGUUAGCUCCCUGUGUACAUUUAAGGGCCAGCCGUUCUGCCCUGUUCUGAGCCAAUUGCAAUUUUCCCAAGUCCCUCUGUGGCACCUGACCACACAACUGAACAGUAGUCCAGGUGCGACAAAACUAGGGCCUGUAGGACGUGCUUUGUUGAUAGUGUUGUUAAGAAGGUAGAGCAGCGUUUUAUUAUGGACAGACUUCUCCCCAUCUUAGCUACUGUUGUAUCAAUAUGUUUUGACCAUGACAGUUUACAAUCCAGGGUUACUCCAAGCAGUUUAGUCACCUCAACUUGCUCAAUUUCCACAUUAUUCAUUACAAGAUUUAGUUGAAGUUUAGGGUUUAGUGAAUGAUUUGUCCCAAAUACAAUGCUUUUAGUUUUUGAAAUAUUUAGGACUAACUUAUUCCUUGCCACCCAUUCUGAAACUAAUCGCAGCUCUUUGUUAAGUGUUGCAGUCAUUUCAGUCGCUGUAGUAGCUGACGUGUAUAGUGUUGAGUCAUCCGCAUACAUAGACAGUGGCUUGUCGUUAGUAAAGAUUGAAAAAAAGUAAGGGGCCUAGACAGCUGCCCUGUGGAAUUCCUGAUUAUACCUGGAUUAGGUUGGAGAGGCUUCCAUUAAAGAACACCCUCUGUGUUCUGUUAGACAGGUAUCUCUUUAUCCACAAUAUAGCAGGGGGUGUAAAGCCAUAACUCAUACGUCUUUCCAGCAGCAGACUAUGAUCAAUAAUGUCAAAAGCCGCACUGAAGUCUAACAAAACAGCCCCCACAAUCUUUUUAGGAUCAGUUUCUCUCAGCCAAUCAUCAGUCAUUUGUGUAAGUGCUGUACUUGUUGAAUGUCCUUCCCUAUAAGUGUGCUGAAAGUCUGUUGUACAUUUGUUUACUGUAAAAUAGCAUUGUAUCUGGUCAAACACAAUUUUUUCCAAAAGUUUACUAAGGGUUGGUAACAGGCUGAUUGGUCGCUAUUAGAGCCAGGGAGCUUUACAAUUCUUAGGUAGCGGAAUGACUUUUGCUUCCCUCCAGGCCUGAGGGCACACACCUUCUAGUAGGUUUAAAUAAUUAAAGAUAUGGCAAAUAGGAGUGGCAAUAUCGGCCGCUAUUAUCCUUAGUCAUUUUCCAUCCAAGUUGUCAGACCCCGGUGGCUUGUCAUUGUUGACAGACAACAAUAAUAACCACACACGCCUCUGUUGUGCUAAUGUGCUAAUUAUGCUACCCGCUAGCAGUAUGUUAAGUAUUGCAUUGUAAAGUGUGCUGGAAACCACAACCUUCAGAGACUUUGCAUCUAAUUCCUGUGACUUGCCUAUCUUACUGCAUGUCAUAUACAGCUGCUUACAUACAGCCACUGCCAGAGAUAGAUGUUAAUGUGAUGGUAUCGAGCUGGUAUUACUCUCCACAUUUCUCUUUGGUUGAUGUGCAUUGCUUUGGGGGCUACAUCACCUCUGUAUACCGUAGUAGGCUACUACUGGUUUGGAACUGGAGAGCAAAUUGCCCUCUGCAACAGUUUCAUUCGUCUCUUUUACUUUCGGUCCUAGAGAAGUAAACAAGAAAUGUGAUUGAUGUGUAACCUGAACAUGUGCAUGCCUGGGGGUAGAUCAGGUAUCGUCUGUGUGCCUUGAGACUCAACGCCCUCCAGUGGCUGUCUGGCCUUCUUAUUAUCUCUCAUUGUCAUACAGUACAAUGGUCUGACAUACUCAAAACCUAAUCUGUGUCAUGGUGCCCAAAAGCUAUUAACAGACAGCUCACUCCUCUUGAAAAGUAGAAUCUGAGUAGAUUUUUUUGCAAAGCUUCCACCAGGAACCAACCAAUGAAGGCCAGAGUCAAGUACAGUGGGUGUGUCUGUGAGGUUUGAUAGACAUGUAGGCAUAGCCUGGCUUCACUCUUUUACGAGAUGCAGGCAUGACAGUAUUUAUCGGAUAGAUCUGAACUGUGAGAUCAGGGUGACGUGUUCGAUGCCAAUAUAGCGAAGUGACCCACAGUGUUUGUCAUUAUACCAUGAUGAAGACAGCUUGUCUGUCCAAACGUUGGUUAUUAAAUUAUUGCAUCUGAGCUCCUAGAGUGUGCAGCUCUCCUUUUCUUUUUCAAGUGUUCUACUCCGCUAGCCAACACCUCGCCUAAACAGGUGUGCGUUUCUUCCACCUCCAGAUGUGAACUGUGAAACUUGUUUUGCUUUGUUAGCUCUCAGAUGAAGUGCAUGGGGCCGUAUACGUAUGACGUAUAGAGUAAAGACUAGAGUAGAGAGUAGGGCACAGGCCUCCACACGCCCACACCACUGUUAUUGAAGGUGGUGUUAUUGAAGGUUUCCCACCAUCUGCUUUACGCUCAAGGGCUCCAAGUCUCUCCCCAUCCCAUCUCAUCUCUCUUGUUUUAUAGCCUCUCUUGGUUCAGAGCCAAGUACAGCACUUUCUCUUUCUCAUCUGUGUUCCUCUCUAACCAGUACAAUUUUGCAUAUUAACCAAAAAACUUCAGUGUCUUUGAUCUGAGGGGGGCUGUUGGCUCACACACACACACACACACACACACACACACACACAUACACAUGGCUGGAUAGGUUUAUGUAUCUAAACAAAUAGCAGUAUGAGGCGUUACCUUCAAGAGAGCAGCUCAAAAUAGAAGCAUGCAGUCAUAUCUGUUGUGUCUCAUGGGCCUGUGGCUCAGCCUUAUGUGCCAUCCACCCACUCCUCUCACACCCCACUCACAGCCUUAACACUGGGGGCCAGUUUCCACUAAGACCCACAACUUACACCUGUGAUGGCUUCAUUACUGGUCUGUAUUGAACUAUCCUUCAGGUUCAUCUUGACAGUCUUGUCUCUGCUUUUAAGCAGAAGUGGAUGGAGUAGACUCAGUUUAACUGUAAAUGUUUGUCAAGAGCUGUCCCCCCUCAGAAAAAAUAACUUCCCCUUACUGUCAUGUGGUACUCAGUCAGCCAGAGUUCCUGCUUUUUAAAUUGAGUGUGGUCGUGUCAGCAUCAAAGCCUGUUUUAGUCUGAACUCUUCUGUCUUCAUCUGACUGGAUUUCUGUCUGCCUCAGCUGAUUCACUGAAGACACAGGUCCAACGCUCUCAGAAAAAGAGAGAACCGGACCUAACAGUAAUCUCUAACAUAACACAUUUUCUACUGCUGAGGCUCAAACAUAAGGAAAUGUAAAACCCCAGACUAAGUACACCAUCAGAUGUAAGACCAGGAUAAUUCCACCUCUCUAUCUCCUUAACUAUUCACCUUGACAUGACAUCACCCUCCACACAUGUAGGCUAAUAGUUUGUGAGGGUGUGUGUGUGUGUGCUCAGCUGUACACAAAAGAAACAUGUGUGGAGGGUGAUGUCAUGUCAAGGUGUUAUGUUAGAGAUAUACCCUCCUCAUAGCAAUACAGAAUUAUCUAACUGACCAAGAGAGAGACAGGCUGGUAGAGAUGACUGAAUCAGGAUGGAGAUGAUCUUGCAGUAUCAGUCCAAGGUUUUCCAUUGGGGCGUCUGUCUGACUAGAGCUGUGUCUGUAGUUUGUGCUGUAAGUAACCUCAGUUUCCAUGAAGUGGUUAGUGCAUGGCCUCCGCACCGCAGCACAGUGGAGGUCUUUCUCACUGUGUCUUAUUAUGUCUAUUGUCUGUCUCUGUCUGUAUGUCUUCUUUAUACUUAUCCUAAUGUCUGUGUGAGAUGGAUGUUAUUUUGAGUGAAGCAGGGUGUCAUUUACUGAAGCUAGCUAAACCAGCUGGACCUGCUCUCUAGUCUCUCCUCCACAUCGCUCACAUUCUCCCCACAUUACAUACACACUCAACCGUUCACAUCACAUGCACCUACAUGCUACAUACCGGUAUGUUAAACAAAGAUCUAACAUAAUAUGUCUACACAGAUUUACAUACCUAUAACACACUCACCCUACACCUUGCAUAGGGGAGAGUGGGGUAAGUUGAGCCAUGUUUUACAUUCAGAAUCACUCCAUAAAGGGAAAUAUAGUAUUCUUUCUAACAAAUAUAUCUACAUAUACUGUAUUUCUGGAGGUUGUGUAUCCCUGGAAAUAAUCAGAAUUCAUGUAAACGUUACAGUUUUGAAAACAUAGCUUGUCCAAAAAAAGUGUUCUCUUGGCACAACAUACCUCGGGUAUGGGUUAAGUCGCCUCCAAAUUUCUCUGCUGAAUGAAAUAGUUCCACUACCUUUUUAAAACCAUGUCUAUCUUUAUUUCCCAAACACAAUUCAACACAAUCACAGUUACUUUUAGUCUUUUAAUCAUUUUAAGCAUCUUUUAAAACAGGCUUAACACCUAACAAACACUAUUGUUACCUUAUAUCCCAGGGAUAAUGCUUUGCAUUACGCAUGGGAAGAAAACACUUCAAUUUGCUCAUCUUGCCAUUGGUUCAACCAUUGGCUCAACUUAGCCCAUGGCCAUUGGCUCAACUUACCCCAACUAAAACAUUUAAUCCACACAGCUACAAUCAUACUAGGUUUAGGACCUCAUAUUGAAGCUAAUAGUGACCCAAACUGAUGUAUAGAACAAUCUUAAAAGUAUCUACUUUGGUUUAGAUACAAGCAUCAUGAAACCUCUAAUACAAUAAAUUCAUUUGACUUGGUGAAAACACGUUUUAUUUUAACCCAACUUACUUACCACUUUUUCCAUGUGUUUUUUUUCCCUCCAUGAAAUCAUGACCUCUUCCUAAAUAUUUGGUCAAAUGAUACAUUUUUUGUAUGGUUUCCUAGAAAAAAAAAGUGGUUCAACUUAACCCUUUGGCUCAAUUUACCCCUCUCUCCCCUAUAAUAAAUAUAGAUUAUAUUGCAUUACAUGUGCUGGUUUGGGAGUUACCUGGUUGGGAGUUACAUGGUUAGCUUUUGCUCAUGAAAUAGUCUAGUCUAAUGUCUAGUCUCCUGUGUUUGUGUGCAGGUGGACCUGGAGCCAGAGGGCAAGGUGUACAUCCUCAUAACACUCAAUGGCUCCUUCAUUGAUGGUAAGGAUUUUUCGUUGUAUCUCACACCAACAUCGAUCUAUUUCAUCCAUAGAUGGCAAUACUAUCUCCCUCCCUCUCUGUUCGUCUGUCUGCUUCAACACAGCCCCUGAUGCAGCUGAUUACUUACAGGCUGUCAGAAACAUUUACAUUUACAUUUUACAUGUAGAGGCAGAUUUGUGAUAUUCAUCAUCACAAAAACCUGUUUGUGUGUGUUCGUGUGUGUGUGCGUUCGUGCAUGCAUGCGUGUUGUGUGAAUGACUUACUGUAAGACAUACUGUAGAUGCUUUGACUGAUGGGAAUCUUAUCUCCUUCUUUGUUUCCUUUCCGAUAGAACAUUGUUGCUUUAAUCAUUCAUAUUUUUUCCUCUGUUCUCUGUCUGACAAACAUACUCCCCUCUGGGUCGUUCCAUUUAAUUUCAGCAAGCCAUGACACCCACCAUCUCAGAUUGUUCUGAAAUUGUUUCUGUAGUUAGAAACAGAAAAGAUUACCAUUCCUACAACAUUAUUUUGUUGAAAUAUAAUUUGACCUCUGAGAAAAAAUAAGCUAAUUGAUUGCACCCAAAUUCUGCAUUUUAAUUUGUAGUAUUAAUAUAAUAUUCAAUAAACAUCUGAUUUGGACCAAACUUUUUUUCUAACAAUGAGUAAGACAUGAGUAAUCCAAAGAUAUGGUCAAAAGCCACCCACUGACCCCCCACACCCCACCCCAAUCCCAACCCAACAACGAGGAUACAGUAUCAGUUCUCUAUGUUUGACAAGUAGUAUGGAGCUGCGGCUCUGAGUAUUGUUUCUUCAUCCUAUGUAAUGUAUUCUCAGUGAAUUUGGUUAUGGCUAUUUUUUUCUGCUCAGAGAAAUGUGUAAUUUAAGUUGUUAGGUUUAUGUUCCAUCCUACAUCCUGAUAUUACUAGGUUGUGACCACUAGAUGGUGCGGUUCCUACUAUUAGGUGAUUCGUUUUAACGGUGAUUUUUGAAUGACUACCUCAUCUCUGUACCCCACAGAUACAAUUAUCUGUAAGGUCCCUCAAUUGAGCAGUGAAUUUCAAACACAGAUUAAACCACAAAGACCAGGGAAGUUUUCCAAUGCCUCGCAAAGAAGGGCACCCUAGUUUUUGCUGUGGCGAGCAAAUCAAUCAAAAACAGUCAAUAGCUGACAGUUGAAUGCCAUACUCGGUGUAAUACUCCACCAUCUCUCUCUCUCUAGGGUGUUGGGACUCCACAUCAUGCACAUUUCUGUUGUAUACGUGUGGUUUCAACACCUCACAAAUAAAACGUCAGUUUAAAAACAACUCUAGACAUGCGCACACACACACAAGCAUAUACCAUCCAUGAUAUGUGUUUUGUGUACUCAUUUUAACAUCUGUCUGACCCCCAUACCAUUGUGUUCCCCGGUUCUCAGAUGACGCCACGGGGAAGGCGAAGGUGUUUAAGCAGUUCAACAGGAAGAGGCAGGGGGCCGUGAAACGCAAGAUCCACCAGGUCAACGGACACAAGUUCAUGUCCACCUUCCUACGGCAGCCCACCUUCUGCUUCCACUGCAAAGAGUUCAUCUGGUAAGGGCACACCCACACACUCCACUGCCCUCACCUCAGAGAGUUCAUCUAACGUGAUACACAUACUGUGAUUGUAUUGUCGAUUGUGUAUAAUAGAAACAGCCAAUUACAAUAUAUUUAUUAUGUAAACAUUAUGCCUUGCAUGAUUUCUGACUGUCAGGUCUUCGGUUACAGGGGUAUGUUUGGGAAGCAGGGCUACCAAUGCCAAGGUAAUUGACACUGUUUUCUUUCUUGGGUCUUUCUUUCUGCUUUCUGUCUCUCUUUUCUCUCACUCUCUUUUCUCCUUCACACCAUUCUGUUACCACCCGCCCACUCAGACAGGAAGUAAGUGCUACUCCACAGAGACUGAGCCCUCACACCUCUUUUAUUAUAGAGUUGCUGAACCCAACCACCAUCUCAUCUUACAGUGCCUGGCCUCUAUCUCACAGACCCUCUGUUUAAAGUUCACUUUCAUGAAAAUAAUUCAGCUGCAUGCUCUUUCUCCGAAACAAUUUAUUAAAAUCACCAAUGUUUCAGCAGGAAGAUGAUGCCUUUGUCAGAGUAUCUUUCUCUAAAUGACAGGAUCAGUGACAGACAUGGUUUCCAUGUUUUCAUUCUUAUCUGUGUCUGUUUCCCAGUAUGCACCUGUGUGGUUCACAAGCGAUGUCAUCAGUUGGUUGUCACGGUGUGUCCACGCAUGAAGAAGCCUGUCAAAGAGCCGGUGAGACAACAUACAGAGACCAGCCAUUUGACCUUUAACACCAUACCCUUAGUACACUACAAUAAUGUUGUAACAGCUCUGUCAUGUCAUCACUAUGACACCCACACCUGAAUGCAUACUCCAAAAAAACACCAUCUCAUCAAUGGAAUGUGUUCUGACAAUGAAAUACACUGUGAAAAAAUGUCUGGGGAUUCCAGAGUUAAAAUAGGCUAUUCUACGGGUGCAUUGUGUUACAGCUGAUAGACCUUAGACGUAGACGUAUGAUGCACAGAUAUGUAUUCAGCACCUGUGUGUUGAUCAGGGACCCUACCCAGGAUAUUGUUUGUGUGGAAUUUGUCAAUGAGGCAGAAAGGUGUGUGCCAACAACAUCAAGCUACUGAAUAUUAUCACACAUAUUCUACAAGUACAUGAAAUACAUUUUAGGGAACUUGUCUCAACCUGAGAUUCAAUGUUCAGUACCAUUCAAAAGUUUGGACACACUAACUCAUUCAAGGGUUUUUCAUGUACUUGUAGAAUGUAGAAAAUAGGACAAUAACCCAACAGGACAAUGACGCAACACACCUCCAGGCUGUGUAAGGGCUAUUUGACCAAGAAGGAGAGUGAUGGAGUGCUGCAUCAGAUGACCUGGCCUCCACAAUCACCCGACCUCAACCCAAUUGAGAUGGUUUGGGAUUAGUUGGACCGCAAAGUGAAGGAAAAGCAGCCAACAAGUGCUUAGCAUAUGUGGGAACUCCUUCAAGACUGUUGGAAAAGCAUUCCAGGUGAAGCUGGUUGAGAGAAUGCAAAGCUGUCAUCAAGGCAAAUGGUGGCUACUUUGAAGGAUCUCAAAUAUGAAAUAUAUUUUGAUUUGUUUAACCCAUUUUUUGGUAACUACAUGAUUCCAUAUGUGUUAUUUCAUAGUUUUGAUAUCUUCACUAUUAUUCUACAAUGUAGAAAAUUGUAAAACUAAAGAAAAACCGAGUAGGUGUGUCCAAACUUUUGACUGAUACUGUAUGCUGAACAUUCAGGUUUCAUGUCCCGGUCUAUUACACAUAUGAACAAACCAUACCACUGAAGAAAAAUAGGAAUGAAACAGAUUGACACCUGACUUAGUAAUAUACUGGUAUGUGAAGAAAAUCAUUUCUGUUUGUUAAUUAAUUAUGAUGCCAUAUGAUGGUUUGCUUGAGCAUACACUGCCACCUGCUGGCCGUGUGUUUUAUAACAUGCAGUAUCUAGACUCGUUCCCCCAUUCAAACCUAGGUCAAUGGGAUGACAUACUGAUGAAUUCUCAUUCACAGACCACCAACCAAGGCUUCAGUAUCAACGUCCCCCAUAAGUUCAACAUCCACAACUUUAAGGCUCCCACCUUCUGUGACCACUGUGGUUCUCUACUGUGGGGCCUUGUCAGACAGGGUCUACACUGCAAGAGUAAGAUUCUUUCUCUCAUUUAUCAUACUCUCUCUUUCUCUCAGAUGUUUAUAGACAGGUAUAAAAUGUUCAUGGCUUAUUAACCUGUACUUCCUGUGUAUUGUGUGUCUGUCCUCUGCAGUUUGUAAGAUGAACGUGCACAUCCGCUGUAAGGGCAACGUAGCACCGAGCUGUGGGGUCAACAGUGUGGAGCUGGCCAACAAGCUGGCAGAGAUGGGCCUGCAGGCUGGGGGGUUCUCCAAACGCAACUCACUGGUGAGAAAGAGAGGUUAAGACACACAUACAUACAGUGCCUUCAGAAAGUAUUCACACCCCUUGACUUUUUCCACAUUUUGUUGUGUUACAGCCUGAAUUUAAAAUGGAUGAAGUUAUAUGUAAGAUCCCUCAGUCAAGCAAUGCAUUUCAAACACAGAAGGAAACCGGUGAGGGAUUUCACAAGGCCAAUGGUGACUUUAAAACAGUUACAGAGUUUAGUGGCUGUGAUAGAAGGAAACUGAGGAUGGAGCAACAACAUUGUAGUUACUCCACAAUACUAACCUAAUUGACAGAUGGAAAAGAAGGAAGCCUGUACAGAAAACAAAUAUUCCAAAACAUGCAUCCUGUUUGCAUCAAGGCACUAAAGUAAUACUGCAAAAAAUGUGGCUAAGCAAUUCACUUUUUGUUAUGUUUAUGUUUGGGGCAAAUCCAAUACAACACAUUACUGAGUACCACACUCCUUAUUUUCAAGCAUACUGAAAAUCUAUGGCAAGACCUGAAAAUGGUUGUCUAGCAAUGAUCAACAACCAAUUUGACAGAGCUUGAAGAAUUUUGAAAACAAUAAUGGUCAAAUGUUGCACAAUCCAUGUGUGGAAAGCUCUUAGAGACUUACCUAGAAAGACUCACAGCUGUAAUCGCUGCCAAAGGUGCUUCUACAAAGCAUUGACUCAGGGGUGUGAAUACUUAUGUAAAUUAGAUAUUUCAGUAUUACAUUUUCAGUAAAUGUGCAAACAUUUUGAUAAUCAUGUUUUCACUUUGUCGUUAUGGGGUAUUGUGUGUAGAUGGGUGAGAAAAAUUAUCAAAUUAAUCAAUUUUGAAUUCAGGCUGUAACACAACAAAAUAAGUCAAGGUGUAUGAAUACUUUUCGAAGGCACUGUACAUACAUACCAAUAUGAACAUACUCAGUAGUUAAAUGCUCAUCCUGUUGUCCCCCAGUCCACUGGAGUGCAGGGCCAGGAGCAGGCCCUCAGUGUGAGGAGGGAGAGUGAAAACCCUCAGCAGCAGACCAGACUGCUGGGCAUCUCUGACUUCACCUUCCUACAGGUGCUGGGAAAGGGCAGCUUCGGCAAGGUGAGACAACCACCAUAGAGCAAUACCACCAUGGACUGUGUGAUGGUCUAGAGUUGGGUACCGGUAAUUAACGUAUGUGUGCUGUGUGUUCCUAUUUCAGGUGAUGCUGGCUCGGUUGAACAGCAGUGAGCGGGUAUUUGCAGUGAAGGUGCUGAAGAAGGACAUAAUUCUGCAGGACGAUGAUGUUGAGUGCACCAUGACAGAGAAGAGAGUGCUGUCACUGGCCAGCUGCCACCCGUACCUCACUCAGCUCUACUGCUGCUUUCAGACACCGGUGAGAGACACAUACAUUCGUGGUCAAAAGUUUUGAGAAUGACACAAAUAUUGGUCUUCACAAAGUUCGCUGCUUCAGUGUUAUGAGAUAUUUUUGUCAGAUGUUACUAUGGUAUACUGAAGUAUAAUUACAAGCAUUCCAUAAGUGUCAAAGGCUUUUAUUGACAAUUACAUUAAAAGUUUAUGCAAAGAGUCAAUAUUUGCAGUGUUGACCCUUCUUUUUCAAGACCUCUGCAAUCCACCCUGGCAUGCUGUCAAUUAACUUCUGGGCCACAUCCUGACUGAUGGCAGCCCAUUCUUGCAUAAUCAAUGCUUGGAGUUUGUCAGAAUUUGUGGGUUUUUGUUUGUCCACCUGCCUCUUGAGGAUUGACCACAAGUUCUCAAUGGGAUUAAGGUCUGGGGAGUUUCCUGGCCAUGGACCCAAAAUGUCAAUGUUUUGUUCCCCGAGCCACUUAGUUAUCCCUUUUGCCUUAUGGCAAGGUGCUCCAUCAUGUUGGAAAAGGCAUUGGUCGUCACCAAACUGUUCUUGGAUGGUUGGGAGAAGUUGCUCUCGGAGGAUGUGUUGGUAACAUUCUUUAUUCAUGGCUGUGUUCUUAGGCAAAAUUGUAAGUGAGCCCACUCCCUUGGCUGAGAAGCAACCCCACACAUGAAUGGUCUCAGGAUGCUUUAUUGUUGGCAUGACAGAGGACUGAUGGUAGCGCUCACCUUGUCUUCUCCGGACAAGGUGUUUUCCGGAUGCCCCAAACAAUCGGAAAGGGGAUUCAUCAGAGAAAAUGACUUUACCCCAGUCCUCAGCAGUCCAAUCCCUGUACCUUUUGCAGAAUAUCAGUCUGUCCCUGAUGUUUUUCCUGGAGAGAAGUGGCUUCUUUGCUGCCCUUCUUGACACCAGGCCAUCCUCCAAAAGUCUUCGCCUCACUGUGCGUGCAGAUGCACUCACACCUGCCUGCUGCCAUUCCUGAGCAAGCUCUGCACUGGUGGUGCCCCGAUCCUGCAGCUGAAUCAACUUUAGGAGAUGGUCCUGGCGCUUGCUGGACUUUCUUGGGCGCCCUGACGCCUUCUUCACAACAAUUGAACCUCUCUCCUUGAAGUUCUUGAUGAUCCGAUAAAUGGUUGAUUUAGGUGCAAUCUUACUAGCAGCAAUAUCCUUGCCUGUGAAGACCUUUUUGUGCAAAGCAAUGAUGACGGCAUGUGUUUCCUUGCAGGUAACCAUGGUUAACAGAGGAAGAACAAUGAUUUCAAGCACCACCCUCCUUUUAAAGCUUCCAGUCUGUUAUUCUAACUCAAUCAGCAUAACAGAGUGAUCUCCAGCCUUGUCCUCAUCAACACUCUCACCUGUGUUAACGAGAGAAUCACUGACAUGAUGGCAGCUGGUCCUUUUGUGGCAGGGCUGAAAUGCAGUGGAAUUUUUUUGGGAUUAAGUACAUUUUCAUGGCAAAGAGGGACUUUGCAAUUAAUUGCAAUUCAUCAAAUCACUCUUCAUGACAUGCUGGAGUAUAUGCAAAUUGCCAUCAUCAAGACUGAGGCAGCAGACUUUGUGAAAAUUAGUAUUUGUGUCAUUCUCAAAACUUAUGAACACGACUGUACACACACACACACACACACACACACACACACACACACACACACUUGCGAGUCUGUAGCUGUAAUGCCUAGAGUGUCCUGUUGAGGCAGCAGUGACCUGACGUUAUCUGAGUGUGAAUGUAGCACAGUGUGAAUGACCCUCUGCAUGACAGAGCUAUUCUCCCACCCAGGUCAGAGCCUAAUCUGCUUUAGCUGUUUGAACCCUCGCUGGCCUACUUCACUUUGGAUCAAAAUAGAGCAGCGUUGAGUGAUGGAUCCAUGAUACAGCCCAUUUUCUUUUUCUUUUUUUUUCCCUCAGGCUACCACUUCAUAUCUACACCCCUUGUGUUUGCUUAGCCCACCAUAACCUAAUUUUGCCCUGGCUCCUAUACCCAGCUUUCUUAUUCUUGACUGCCACUAGACCCCAUCUAUCUUAACUUAAUAGUUUGCUGUCUUUUUCCUUUCUUAUUAGAGGGGGUAAAUUGACUUGCUUCAGGUCUAAUUGUACCUGCACUCUCACAGAGCCUUUCCACACCAUUCAUAACCAUGACUCUAAUGCAGUUGUGUUACUUGUUAAUAUCAUACCAAUGACAAGUCAAUAUAAGACACGGUCAGGAGAUAAUCAUAGUAAGGUAAAUAGAAACACUAUCGACUACCUAGCUAGUGUGCUGCAGUUGAACAGAACACAGGGUCUGUUCUACCUUGUGCUGGCUAGUCAUGUCUGGGACAUUUAUGACCCAGACAGUACUGCACUUCGUGUUCCACAGGGAAGUGUUUUAGAUGAGAGUUUGACGCCACUACCUCCUUGACACAAGGAAAUUGGUAUGUCCUCGAGCUGUUGUGGAGGUAGUGGGGUUUCAUUGUUGUGUAUUUGAGAAAGGAACCAUUGUCCCUGUGUUCCAGGACCGCCUGUUCUUUGUGAUGGAGUUUGUCAAUGGGGGCGACCUCAUGUUCCACAUCCAGAAGUCCAGGAAGUUUGAGGAGGGCCGCGCUCGCUUCUACACCGCCGAGAUCACCUCUGCACUCAUGUUCCUGCACAGCAAGGGCAUCGUCUACAGGUCUGGUAGAGCAUGGCGCUUGCAACGCCAGGGUUGUGGGUUCGUUUCCCACGGGGGGCCAGUAUGAAAAUGUAUGCACUCACUAACUGUAAGUCGCUCUGGAUAAGAGCGUCUGCUAAAUGUCUAAAAUGUAAAUGUAAAUGUCUGACACACAAUCAAAUGCUCUUAUAUAGAGACAGCUAACAUUUCAUUGGAGUGAUGCCAAGGUGGCAGGUGACUGGUUCUAAUCCAUCUAGUCUUUUUACGGGGCUGUUGUCAACUUACAGUAAUGGCCAACACAAAGGUCUCUGUCAAGCCUCAUGUUGAUAAAUGUGGCAGCAUCAUGUGAGUGGCUAUGCUAAAUGUCAGUGCCACAUAGCAUGACUACUAGCUUCACGUGACGAGCUAACGUCCUUUCCUGGAAAUAGCCUAACCCUAGUACUCCAGGUCUUGCUCUAUAACAGUACUAAAGACCUCGUGCUGACUUCUCAAUUUAUGACCCCAGAUGUAGCCCAAGUGUAUUAUGUAAAGUAAUCGCUUUAUCGUGUCUCAACUAUCUCUUCCUCGUGCUCUUUCACCCUGAGGUAAAGGGCUCAUAUUAUCAGCCUAUCAGGGGCAAUACAAUUGUAAUAUAUUUUUUUGUAAAAGUGCUUUAACCUUGAUUUUAGUCCAUUAAUAUAGUAUUGAAUCGAAGACCAGAGCUAAUAGUACCUGAUGUCAACAUGUUACAGACCACCAGCUUACCCUUUUGAAGAAAACAUGAGUUUUAGCGUUUGUCUUGAAUGUAUCAUGACUAGUUCAUAAUCUCUUUAUGUUUGCUGACUGUGCUGUUAGUCAUUCUCAGAUUUGAAGACCAGAUCCACACACAAAAUAACUACCCAGCUAGCACAUUUUGUUCCUUGGAAGUUGAGGGAAUGUACGUUUUUGGUUCUGGGAACAAAGCCAUACGUUUCCUGACUGGUAAAACUGAAUGUUUUUUAAAUGUUCUGAGAACGGAAGUGAAAAUGUAGCUUGUUCUGGGAUUGUAAAUGUUUUGUUGCAGGGAGAUUCUGAGAACGUUUUACUAUGGUUCCCUAAAAGUUUUCCUGGGAGGUUUUAUUAACAUUCUGAGAACGGAAAUUAUAGUUUUUUUAAUAAGUAACACUGCUAGCUUAGGUUAGCUGUUUUUAACUACUAGCACAGAUAUGACACAUGGAAAUUCCUUUGCUUAGGCAUUAAUCAUGCAGACACAUUUCUUUGUUAUUGUGGCAAGGCGUCAGUGAGAUUCGAACCUAUGAUCGUCUCUUCUCUAUCCAUGGAAUUAGUCCACUGCGUCACCAGGAUGGAGCUAGCAUGCCAUGUUUUUUUAACUCAUACAAAGCUAUUAAUUUUUGUCUAUUCAAACAGACCCCACUUCGAAGUAAGCACUCAUUAAGAUCAGGCGUGGCCAAGUAGUGGACGCGGCAAACACAUCUGAACACACAUAACAAGAUAGAGGAUGGAGACAGUUUUGUUGACGCUAAGGACGGAAUGUAUGUUUUCAAUAACAUUCUUAGAACGUUCUUUGAACGUUACUAAUGUUUUCUUUUGGUGUUUAUGGAACAUUUUUUAUGUUCUGAGAACAAUACUUUAAAUAGAACCAUGAGGAAAUCUGCAGAAAUCAUUAUGCAUUACUUUAAAUCAGGGCUCUCCAAUCCUGUUCCUGGAGAGCUAAUUAUUAGAAUCAGGUGCGCUAGAUUAGGGUUGGAGCGAAACCCUACAGGACGGUAGCUCUCCAGGAACAGGGUUGGAGAGCCCUGCUUUAAAUAGAACCAUGAGGAAACCUGGUGGAAACAUUAUGCUGAAGUAUUGAAAUUCCCUCAGGAUAACGUUGUUUCUUAACGUUCUCUGAACUAUUCAUUCCCAAUGUCAAACCAGUUGGAGAACGUUCCUAGAACAUUACCAAAACUGUAAUUAAAUGUAACCAUGUAUGAACUUUUAGGAAAUGUUCUGUUAAUGUAUUGAAGUACCAAGAAAAUAACUUUAUUUUGUCAAGUUCCUUAAAUGUGCUGAGAAUGUUCCAAAGCCAAGCAACUGUCAUGCACCAUUCCCAGAACGUUGUGGGAAGGUUGUAUGCAAAAUAACCAUAGGACAACCACGCUCUAAGAAACAUAUGGUUCUCAGAACAUUAUGUGCUAGCUGGGUAACCAUUAAUAUGUAAAAUGGUCUGGGUGUACAUCACCAACUUCUCCCUCUCCUAGAACUUCCCCCUCACAGUAUUCUAGCGAAGCACUUUGUUCCUCUUUGGCUGCAGCUGUUGCCCAAUCACCAGUUGUAGAUGUGAUUCGCAGCAAAUCAGCAUGACCGUUUGACCCCAAGGUCAUGACCACACCUUCACUAUGACCUACAUCUCACAGACAAAGGUCUAAUUUAUAUUGUCUGUCAGAUUCUCCUCCCAGCCAGCCAUGCCUUUCACAGGAAAUGAUGAAGAGGAAGUGAGUGGAUGAGAUAGAGACUGAGGUUGGUGUAGAGAUCUAAAUAAACACUGAGCUAAACCAGAGGACAGGAAGCAGGCAAUGUUUGUGAUUAAGUGGAGGGUAGCUGAGUAGAACAGUGUGUCAUUAGACUUGAGCCUAAAAAAAACACCUGGCUCCCUCACAGGCAGCUGUCUGUUGUUUCUAUGUAAAACUAAUUCUCGCAGGGCUGCUUGUCAGUGUUGAUGUUGUACUGAAGCUUCAUGAUGCCCUGUAACCCUCAAACUCAACUCUGGACCUCAAAGCCAGUUCCACUGCAUUUUUUCAUUGUUCCCCUCUAAUCAGGGACUGAUUUAGACCUGGGACACCAUGUAUGUGCAAUUCAUUUUCAGGUAGAACAGAAAAACAGCAGGCUCCGGACCUCAUAGGGUAAGAGUUGAAUACCCCUGCCCUAUAACAUGUAGUGAAAUGUGUACUCCUGGGUUGAAUUCCCAUGACAUUAGUGUUUGGUUGCAAAGAGAGCUGCCCUCACUUGGCCUGUGUUUGUUUUGCCGUGAGCCAGGGGCACCAUGAGGAAGUGAGUCAGUAUUACACAAUGAGUUUACAGCCAGUCAGGACAGGACAAACCAGCUUAAACCAACCACACUAUCCUUCCAGUAGUGUGUUUGUGUGCGUGCGUGGCUUAACCUGCCGCACUGUCUUUAUCUCUUUCUCUCCCUCUCCCUCUCCCUCUCUCUCACACACUUACAUGUUUUGUCAGAUCAUUACCUCACCUUUACCUGCUCACUCACCAUGCCAAUCGAUCACCUUGGUAACAUGACAUCACUGCUGUGUCACCUGAUCUCAGAUUAAUGCUAUUGGCUGGGUUAAUCUGUUUUUCAGACUGCCAAGGCUCUAAAGGCCUCGAUGGGGAGGAGGAGGGGCAGCCAUUAGAGACACAAGACAAUUUAGUGUGACUGGGGAUGAUUUAUUCUGCAGGAAAUUACUUAUUACUCUGCUCUGCUCCUACCUUAUUGUUUCUCCUGAUAAUAAGUAUUGCUUCUCCGCGUUACAGUGCUAAUUCAAAGACGCUAGACAAACUUCAAAGAUACUAGAGCGAGAAGAGCGCAACGCCAAAACAUUUAGUUAAUGUCUAUGUUUGAAGUGUUCCAUUCAUUUCCCAUUUUGACAGGUCAAUAUUGACACUGCAGCCCAGCCCCCUCCCCCCCAUAUGAAUGUGACAGACUCCUCUCUGCUGCCAGUCAUUUGUCGUGACCAACAGUAGGUCUCUUUUCAGGUCUUCUCCGUGUCUCCUGGUCCUACAGGUGGUCACUGUCCUCAUGUGGACUAUACUCACCACACUCUUUCACCUCAGACUUAUUUUUAGCAACAACUUUGAAAGGGGUUGGCGUGGGACAGUUUAGCAGUCACAAAAUGUAAUAUAGCAGCAUUUGCUGACUCGCUGAUAAUGGGGAGCAUACUGGAAAUACUGAAAAUAUAGUUAAAUAGUUGCCAAAAAAAUGUUAAGUGCAGAUUUUUGUGUUUAGCUGUGGCGUCUACAGGUCUGGAGAUGUCUGUAAUGAGGUAUUUAUGUGUGAAUGUUUAUGUUGUGUUUUCCAGGGAUCUGAAGCUGGACAAUGUGCUCCUUGAUAAGGACGGACACUGUAAACUGGCUGAUUUCGGCAUGUGCAAGGAGGGCAUGUUUGAAGGUGUGGCCACGGGCACCUUCUGUGGGACUCCUGACUAUAUCGCCCCAGAGGUCAGUUUAACCCCCUCUACUCAUAUACCCCUUCCGCUGCUCUAAGAUGGCAUUCUUUACCCCAAUGGUAAUCAUGAAACAUCAGUUUCCCAUAAAUCUGUCUGUCAUUAGAGUUCACAUUCUUUAGGAGCCAGCCCAAGUCCCAGCCCCACUACAUCACCCCACCACUCUGAAUACCAGCACUGUGACCACUGGUCCUCUAGUCCAGCCUCUCUGGUGGUUAGCAGCUAGGUAACACACCUGUGUUGGAUUGGCCACCUGCCACCAUUUCAGUUCUGUCAGGAGAGCCCCAUCUGCCUCUCACAGGCUCUGUUUGCCAACAUUCUUUAAAUCCCCACCACCAAAUGCACCAAGAGAGGGGUCCUUUGUGAAUAUGAAUAUUAAUGUAUGUAUUGGAGUGUGCAUGGGUUUGUACGGGAAGCAUUUAGUCCGAUUUUUAUGACUAAAGGGCACAAGUCUGGAUUUAUGAAGGGCUUCAUUGCCAUCCCCAACACUCAGUCCUCAGUGUAUCCCAAUGAAGAGCAGCUAAACUCAGUGACCGGUCUUGGCUUAGUGGAGUUUGGUGUUACCUUCUGUAAUAUUCCAGGUGAUGAAGUACAGUACAGGUUCUUUGCUGUGGUGUGUAAAGUGGUUUGAUGUGAUGUGUUGUGGGUACCCAGAUCCUUCAGGAGAUGCUGUACGGGCCGUCUGUGGACUGGUGGGCUCUUGGUGUGCUGCUCUACGAGAUGCUGUCUGGCCAUGCCCCCUUUGAGUCGGAGAACGAGGACGACCUGUUUGAGUCCAUCCUGAAUGAGGAGAUCAUCUAUGCAUCCUGGCUGAGUGCUGAUGCAGUAAAUAUCCUGAAAGCUGUAAGUCUAUCCUUAAUGCGGAGCUCAUCAAUCUUUCCUGAAUGACCACAGUUAAUCAUGUCAAUUACAGUCAAUGUUGUUCAUGUUACAGAGGCCUUUAUAGUGUUUACAUCAGAGAAUGUACAGGUACAGUGCAUUCGAAAAGUAUUCAGACCCCUUGACUUUUUCCACAUUUUGUUACUUUUAAAAUGGAUUCAAUUGUUAGUUUUUUUCCUCAUCAAUUUAUACACAAUACCCCAUGAUGACAAAGCAAAAACAGGUUUUUAGAAAUGGUUGCAAAUUUAUAAAAAAUUAAAAACGGAACUAUUUAAAUAAGUAUUCAGACCCUUUGCUAUGAGACUCAAAAUUGAGCUCAGGUGCAUCCUGUUUCCAUUGAUCAUCCUUGAGAUGUUUCUACAACUUGAUUGGAGUCCACCUGUGGUAAAUUGAAUUGAUUGGACAUGAUUUGGAAAGGCACACACCUGUCUAUAUAAGGUCCCACAGUUGACAGAGGUCGAAGGAAGUGUCCGUAGAGCUAUGAGAUAGGAUUGUGUCGAGGCACAGAUCUGGGGAAGGGUACCAAAAAAAUUCUGCAGCAAUAAAGGUUCCCAGGAACGCAGUGGCCUCCAUCAUUCUUAAAUAGAAGAAGUUUGGAACUACCAAGACUCUUUCUAGAACUGGCCGCCCGGCCAAACUGAGCAAUCGGGGAGAAGGGCCUUGGUCAGGGAGGUGAGAGAAGGGAGAACCUUCCAGAAGGACAACCAUCUCUGCAGCACUCCACCAAUCAGGCCUUUAUGGUAGAGUGACAAGACGGAAGCCACUCCUCAUUAAAAGGCACAUGAUAGCUCGCUUGGGGUUUGCCAAAAGGCACCUAAAGUACUCUUAGACCAUGAGAAACAAGAUUAUCUGGUCUGAUGACACCAAGAUUGAACUCUUUGGCCUGAAUGCCAAGCAUCACGUCUGCAGGAAACCUGGCAUCAUCCCUACGGUGAAGCAUGGUGGUGGCAGCGUCAUGCUGUGGGGAUGUUUUUCAGCGGCAGGGAGACUAGUCAGGAUCGAGGGAAAGGUGAACGGAGCAAAGUACAGAGAGAUCCUUGAUGAAAACCUGCUCCAGAGCGCUCAGGACCUCAGACUGGGGCGAAGGUUCACCUUCCAACAGACUACGCAGGAGUGGCCUCGAGACAAGUCUCUAAAUGUUCUUGAGUGGCCCAGCCAGAGCCCGGACUUGAACCCGAUCGAACAUCUCUGGAGAGACCUGAAAAUAGCUGUGCAGCGACGCUCCCCAUCCAACCUGACAGAGCUUGAGAGGGUCUGCAGAGAAGAAUGGGAGAAACUCCCCAAAUGCAGGUGUGCCAAGCUUGUAGCGUCAUACCCAAGAAGCCUCUUGGCUGUAAUCGCUGCCAAAGGUGCUUCAAAAAUUACUGAGUAAAGGGUCUGAAUACUUAUGUAAAUGUAUAUUUCCUGAGUUUUUUUAUUUAUAAAUUUGCAAAAAUUUAUAAAAACAUGUUUUUGCUUUGUCAUUAUAUAGUAUUCUGUGUAGAUUGAUGAGGGAAAAAAUACAUGUAAUAUAUUUUAGAAUAAGGCUGUAACGUAACAAAAUGUGGAAAGAGUCAAGGGGUCUGAAUACUUUCCGAAUGCAAUGUAACUGCCAAAAUAAAGGAAACCCUUGAGUAAAUGAAGGACACAAAGUACAGUUGAAGUCGGAAGUUUACAUACACUUAGGUUGGAGUCAUUAAAACUCGUUUUUUCAACCACUCCACAAAGUUCUUGUUAACAAACUAUAGUUUUGGCAAGUCGGUUAGGACAUCUACUUUGUGCAUGACACAAGUCAUUUUUCCAACAAUUGUUUACAGACAGAUUAUUUCACUUAUAAUUCACUGUAUCACAAUUCCAGCGGGUCAGAAGUUUACAUACACUAAGUUGACUGUGCCUUUAAACAGCUUGGAAAAUUCCAGAAAAGUAUGUCAUGGCUUUAGAAGCUUCUGAUAGGCUAAUUGACAUCAUUUGAGUCAAUUGGAGGUGUACCUGUGGAUGUAUUUCAAGGCCUACCUUCAAACUCAGUGCCUCUUUGCUUGACAUCAUGGGAAAAUCCAAAGAAAUCAGCCAAGACCUCCAAAAAAUGGUAGACCUCCACAAGUCUGGUUCAUCCUUGGGAGCAAUUUCCAAACGCCUGAAUGUGAAUGUAAAUGUAAGGUUCCACAUUCAUCUGUACAAACAAUAGUACGCAAGUAUAAACACCAUGGGACCAUGCAGCCAUCAUACCGCUCAGGAAGGAGACGCGUUCUGUCUCCUAGAGAUGAACGUCCUUUGGUGCGAAAAGUGCAAGUCAAUCGCAGAACAACAGCAAAGGACCUUGUGAAGAUGCUGGAGGAAACAGGUACAAAAGUAUCUAUAUCCACAGUAAAACGAGUCCUAUAUCGACAUAACCUGAAAGGCCGCUCAGCAAGGAAGAAGCCACUGCUCCAAAACCGCCAUUAAAAAGCCAGUCUACGGUUUGCAACUGCACAUGGGGACAAAGACCGUACUUUUUGGAGAAAUGUACUCUGGUCUGAUGAAACAAAAAUAGAACUGUUUGGCCAUAAUGACCAUCAUUAUGUUUGGAGGAAAAAGGGGGACGCUUGCAAGCCGAAGAACACCAUCCCAACCGUGAAGCACCAUGCUGUGGAGGUGCUUUGCUGCAGGAUGGACUGGUGCACUUCAUAAAAUAGGAAGGCAUCAUGAGGAAGGACAAUUAUGUGGAUAUAUUGAAGCAACAUCUCAAGACAUCAGUCACGAAGUUAAAGCUUGGUCGCAAAUGGGUCUUCCAAAUGGACAAUGACCCCAAGCAUACUUCCAAAGUUGUGGCAAAAUGGCUUAAGGAUAACAAAGUCAAGGUAUUGGAGUGGCCAUCACAAAGCCCUGACCUCAAUCCUAUAGAAAAUGUGUGGGCAGAACUGAAAAAGCAUGGAGCAAGGAGGCCUACAAAACCUGACUCAGUUACACCAGCUCUGUCAGGAGGAAUGGGCCAAAAUUCACCCAACUUAUUGUGGGAAGCUUGUGGAAUGUUUGACCCAAGUUAAACAAUUUAAAGGCAAUGCUACCAAAUACUAAUUGAGUGUCUGUAAACUUCUGACCCACUGGGAAUGUGAUGAAAUAAUUAAAAGCUGAAAUAAAUCAUUCUCUCUACUAUUAUUCUGACAUUUCACAUUCUUAAAAUAAAGUGGUGAUCCUAACUGACCUAAAACAGGGAAUUUUUACUAGGAUUAAAUGUCAGGAAUUGUGAAAAACUGAGUUUAAAUGUAUUUGGCUAAGGGGUAUGUAAACUUCCGACUUCAAUUGUAUAUUGAAAGCAGGUACUUCCAUCCACACAGGCGUGGUUUUCUGAGUUAAUUUAAUGAUAAUAUUUUUGCAUUGUAAUUCCAGAAAAUGUCCUUAAUAUAUCUACAGUAAUAGUGGAAUUGUGUUUUGUAAUAUUUUUUCCCAAAAUUAAUAAUCUUGCCCACACAAAAUUGCAUUUUAAUGGUGUAGCAGCCUUAUUGGUCAACAAAAGUCGGACCGGCUCUUGUUGUCAAAUUUACUGGGGUCAGCAGAUCUCUUGUCAAUUAAACAACGUACCAGUCAAUUUGACAACAAGAGAUUUGCUGGCCCCAGUCAAUUUGACAAGAGAUGGUUCGUUGUUGAAUUGUUACAUGUAGUACCUUUUUAAGCAAUUAACAUCCUAUCAUGCUUAGGGUCAUGUAUAAAAAUGCCCAGUUGCCCAUUAUUUUGGCUACCAUGGCUAGAAGAGAUUUCUUUGAAAGAGGGGUCUCAAAGGAGCAAAGGGGUUUAAAGUGUGUGUGUCAGACACCAGAUCUCAACCCAAUUGAACACUUAUGGGAGAUUCUUGAGCGGUGCCUGACAGAGCGUUUUCCACCACCAUCAACAAAACACCAAAUUAUGGUAUUUCUUGUGGAAGAAUGGUGUCGCAACUCUCCAAUAGAGUUUCAGACACUUGUAGAAUCUAUGCCAAGGCGCAUUGAAGCUGUUCUGGUGGCUCAUGGUCUCCCAACUCCCUAUUAAGACACUUUAUGUUGGUGUUUCAUUUAUUUUGGCAGUUACUUGUAUGUCAAAGAGUACAAUUUGUCUCUGAACCAAAGAGCAAGGAAAUCAAUAUCUGCACAGUUGUAUAUUUAGAGCUUUAGAACCAAUAAGUACAAUUAGCCUACCAGUCAGCUGUUUGCAUAAUGGGAUACCAACAUUAUAGACCGCCAGUUUUAAGUAGCAACGCUUCCAUACGAACGUAACUGGCACCCAGACAUCUGUGGCUAUAUACACAGGGAGAGAAUGCAUAUAAGCCGCAGUGGUGUAAAGUACUUAAGUAAAAAUACUUUAAAGUACUACUCAUUUUUAGAGAUACUGUACUUUACUUAACUAUUUAUAUUUUUGGCAACUUUUACUUCACUACAUUCCUAAAGAAAAUAUUGUACUUUUUACUCCGUACAUUUUCCCUGACACGCAAAAGUACUAGUUACGUGUUGAAUGCUUAGCAGGACAGGAUAAUUGUCCAAUUCACACACUUACCAAGAGAACAUCCCUGGUCAUCCCUACUGCCUCUGAUCUGGCGGACUCACUAAACACAAAUGCAUCAUUUGUAAAUUAUGUCUUGAGUGUUGGAGUGUACCCCUGGCUAUCCAUACAUUUUUAAAAUGCCGUCUGCUUUGCUUAAUAUAAGGAAUUUGAAAUGAUUUAUACUUUUACUUUUGAUACUUAAGUAUAUUUUAGCAAUUACAUUUACUUUUGAUACUUAAGUGUAUUUAGAACCAAAUACUUUUAGACUUUUACUCAAGUAGUAUUUUACUGGGUGACUUUCACUUUUACUUGAGUAACUUUCUAUUAAGGUAUCUAUACCUUUACCCAAGUAUGACAAUUGGCUACUUUUCCCACCGCUGAUAAGCCCUCAGGUUAGAGCGAUCACACAGGGCAGGGGUUUGGGGAUAGUUUUUGGUCAGUGCAGCGCUGUAGCUGGGUGUGUAACAGAUCAUCUGGGUCCUAGUGUAUGACUGUAGCCACACCCACAGUGCUCCCACAGUGCUCCCCCCCCCUCCCCCCACUGAUUCAAACAGAGAGCACAUUGUUUGGUGUUUGACAGUUGAGAUGCUGAGGUUGACAUUUUCCCACCUCAUAUUUGACUGUCAAAUAAGAGAGGGGUAAAUGUGUUUCAUUGUCUUGUUGCUUUGCAUUAGAGGUCUUCUCAGAUCCCAAAAUUGAGAUCCGAACCGAAUUGGAUCCGUUAAAUUCCGACCCCACCCCUGAGGUGGACCAUAUCCGAUCCAAAAGAUGUCCGAGCUCAGAGAGAAUCGCAUCGAAAUUGGGUCGGUCUGUAUCCGACCUACAUGGAUCCGAAAUAUAAAAAAUGCAAACCAGCAAAAAAUGCUGACAUGUCUGGCAUUGAACUUUAAUGUGAUUUUUGGUUGUAUCUAAAAUAAUUGCAGCUUAGUAUUUUCACAAUGACAUCCCUAUAGUUAGAUGGAGAACAUUAUGAGGUUUUCUUUAUUUCUGUUGACCAAAUAUAUGAGUAGGAUGAUUUUUUUUAUGUGAUGAUGAGCGAAUAGUUCACUUUUUUCUGUAACCUAAUAUUAUGUAGGCCUAUUAUUUUACUGAGCAACAUUACAAUCUAGCCUAUUUAACUUUUUUGAUCAACAUUGAUUUAGACUAAAGGUAGGCCUGUUUGACCAGCAAGCUGCAAAUUACAGGAGGAUGGAGUCUCCCAUCUGCAUUCCUGUGUCAUUUCCAAUAAUUGUGAUCUGUAGGUCUAGGUUAGUUUUCUCGCUAUGACAACGCUACAAUUGGAUGUCGAAUAUUUUGAGGUUUUUAGAGAUCUGUUAAUUUUGUUUCUGUUGACCAUAUUUUUGAGAUUAGAGGAUUUGUAUAUGGUGAUAUAUAGGACGCCUAGUGAGUGCUGUGUGUUAAGACAUAUUUUGGUAGGCUAUUUCUAUAACUCAGGUCUAACUCAUUAUAAUAGCCUAAUAUUUUUUGUUCUAAAUGAAAUGUGGAUAUAUCCUUUAGGCCUACAGAAUUAGCCUAUACAGCCUGAGAUUGGUUUGGAUGCGGGUUUGAUAGAAAAGUAAUGCAUGCUACGGCUGUGUAAUCCUACCGUCCAGAGAGUUAAUAAAAGAUGAAUCAUUGAAGAAAGAAGUUGUCCUGAUAUUUCUUAUACCUAUCCAUGCCAUACACAAUCAAUAAAUCGGCAGCCUUUCAAUGUCCGGCUACAACGUUUUCUGCAGAUAAACCUAUGGCUAUCAGCACACACACACAUACACACGCAACAUGAGCAGAUUCACUUGGUAAAUUUUUUUUCUUUAUUAAAGACGAUCAGAAAGAAUGUGUCGGUAACUUUGCAUUAUAGAAUAACUUAUUUAGUUUAAAUGAAAGCCACAACUAGCACAUGAAUGAGUCACUAAUCUUUGCUGACAAAUAUCACACUUGACUUGAGUCAUUAAACAUUAGUUAACAAACUGUUAUUUUAAACAAAGAAAAUACCCAAAUAAAAUAGCUAAAUAGCCUACUAAAUAGGCCACGCCCAAACAAAUUAGAGAGCCUAAAUAAACUAGUAAAUUGAAUAAAUAAAAUAAUUACAUUAAAUAGCUCAGGUCUUGAAAAUAUGGGCGACCAGCUUUUUCCCCUCCUUAUCCACAAUGUGCAUAAAUGAGGCCCAUACAGAGGAUUUGCCUGUCGGGUUUGCCUCCCUGUACUCUCUUUCAUUCAGUUUAUUCUUCACAUCAGCAAAGAAUGACUCAAUGUUUCAUUAACUCACUUUAUAUAGACAGGGGCUAUCACUCUUUCCCACUGCGUCCUCCUCCUCUCCCACAACAAGGAGCCUAUUUUACCCCGCGCCACUGACGUACAGUGGCUCAUUUUCAUAAAGUGAAUAUGCAGUUUUGUCGCAAAAUGAUAAAAAAUGAUAUUGACACAUUUGGUUUGAUGAAAGGGGUAAUCAUAUGAGAGAAUAAAAUGUAAAUGUGUGAAAUGUGUGUUUAUGUUGUUUAGGAAGUUAAGAACUAAACUCUUCAAAUAUAAUACCGACCUCGGAUCCCGGGUCAUUAUUUCACAUAUUUUCACACAGAUCCGAGGUUCGUGGGCACUGAGCGGGAUCCGGCCCAGGAUCCGAGGGUUAACUACAAAAUGUCGGGUUGGAUCCGGGUCAGAUAUCGGAUAAUCCGGUUCGGGUAGAUCCGUGAAGACCUACUUUGCAUGUCUCUCUAUCUGAUAUAGUUGGCUUUUUCCCUGCAUGGUGUCUCUGCAGAGUUUAGUUCUCAGGCCUGGCAGAGUGGAUGGAUGGCACAGCUCCGGUAGAGCCAGUGGAAAAUAUGAUUGACUCAAAUGGGAUUGCCCAAUUUCAACUUUGUGGUCAGUUGAGAAGGACAGAAUUACAUAGUGCAUUUCUCUCUGUCUCAUCAUGAACUGAAUGACCCAUUUCCUUUGAUCCUCUACACUUCUCUCCAAUGCUCUCAUAGCCUCUGCUUGUCUCCUCCUUUCUCUACAUCUGCUCUCCUCUCCCCUCUUCUCUUCUCCUCUUUCACUGUGAACUGCUUUGUUCAAAUGGAAAAAAAACAAGAUGGCACUGGGGUGAUUAAGAGUGUUACUUAGAUUAGAUCUCGCUUUAAUUCUGGUCAAGUCUCUGUUCGUUAACUGUGUUUGGGUCUGGUGUGACAAGACCUAUUCAUCUUAGGGUGGACUGGGGGUGAAUCUGGCCUCAUUCAUCCUGGGAGAGAGAGGGCUGCUCAUUAGUUUUGGCUGAGUGGGAAUGCCACUGCUAGCCCCAAGGUGUGUGUUCAGACUCCUCCGCCAACACAAAGCUGUUCAUUUGUUAGUCUGGAAUCGCUCCUCUGGGAAAUGUGUUUUUAAUGUUGGUUUGUUGUUUUUCCUUUGACUCUUAAUUCCCCUCAGCUGCUCUAAUCCUCCAACUUCAGAUGUUAGUCAGAAGAAUGUAAGGUCCACGUCUUAAGUCCAGGAAAUGGUUGCUUGGUUUUGUUGGCUCACAGUUAAGAUGAAUAGAAUUUACAAAACACGUUUGUGUCUCGCCAGAUGCCAAGAUGAGCUGGAAAAGAAGGUGCUACUGGGCCUCUGGGUGUGUGUGUGUGUGUGUGUGUGUUUCUGCAAGUGUGUCAGGGAGGUGGAUGGGAUGUCAUUCAAGGUCGAACCAGAGCUGAUGCAAUUCUCAAAAGUCAAAUUAUAAGCCACACUCAAAUGAUAUACUCCACCCUUUCAUUAACACACAUUUAUAUAAUUUUAUUUUACUUUUAUUCACUUCUCAUAUGCAGUUAUAUUUCUGUUCUCUCCACAGUUCCUGACUAAGAACCCAGCCCGGCGUCUAGGCUGCGUGGCGGCGGAGGGCGGGGAGAACGCUGUGACUAGCCACGCCUUCUUCACUGGAAUUAACUGGGACAAGCUGAACUGCAGGGAGCAGGAGCCGCCCUUCAAACCCCGCAUCGUAAGACACACACACACACUUGAUACACACCCGACACACACACCUGAUACACGCACUCCGCAUCGUAAGUCUCAUACACACACACCUGAUACACCUGAUGAAUCACACACACAACUGAUACACAUGUUUGAUGUCAAUACAAACUGUUUACAGUAGACACUACGGUUGAAUUGUAAAACCUACCUCUGUCUUAUUGUACCAUUACAAUGCACACCCAGUUUACUCUCUUAUCCAUUGUAUUAUGGUAGGUAGUGGCCUGGGUUAUGAAGGACAUGCAAAUGAAGGUGGUAUCUGUUGGCAGUUAACCCCAAAGUAUUUAUAGAACCUCUCACUGAUCUUUUGUGUUAUUGUAACGUUACCUCCUAUGCUGUCUAACCAACACUCCAGAAAACUGCGGAGGACGUGAACAACUUUGACCCAGACUUCACCCAGGAGGAGCCCACCCUGACGCCCAUUGAGGACCUCCUUCCCUCCAUCAACCAGGACGAGUUCCACAACUUCUCCUUCACCUCUCCUGAGCUGCUGGACGACUAGGAGGGCCUGUGUGACACCCCAGCACCCCCAGACUUCUGCUCUACCAACUGAGCCAUACAGGACCACAAUGUGUCUGGCUCUGGCUAGUUCACAGGCACAGUUGACUGGUUGGCACUGCCUUAGCCUGUAUCUCUAAUGUUGAAGGGCAGUUUAGACUCCGCCCUCGUCACUGUGGGAUAUGACUGUCUGGUUCUCUGUGGAGAAAGAGAGAGAAGUUACUCAAUGAGGCCAGAUUUUAAUCAGAUGUUCUGUUUUUCCAUGAUCCUUCCUGUCAUAUUUGGAAAACAUGGGACAGUCCUGACUUAUA